AUGCCUUCUGAUAAAGAUCGCCUGUAUGUUGCACUUUAUGCUAGAGCAGGGAUGCCUACCAUGCCUAGAGGCGAAGAUAAAUAUCAUUGGGCCUUACUAACUGGCCCCAAGACGGAAAGAGAUGAACCGACGGGAAAGCGUUACCACGCCAAGGAGCAAAUGAUCUCUAUCCGGGGUCAUAUUCAGUCCCAAUGGCAGUUCGAUGAACGAGAUGUGAGCAUGCUGGCGACUUCAAUGAUUCUAGUGCGUAUCGUGGUUGGCAAAAUCAAGGACCGGAAGCGAGUCGCGUCGAUUCUCAGGUCCAUACCAAUUCGAGGUGAUCAGCCGGGAUGGAACUGUGUUGGGUGGGUGAAAGAAGCCCUGGUGGCCUUAGGCAAAGAUGGCAAAGCGCUGGGUACUUCUGUUAUUGACUGGCGGACUAUACGUGAUGCUGCACUGUCGUAUGUUCGACAUAAAGAAGCGCAGCACAGGUUCGAUGGCAGAGCCCAGGCCGGCAUCUUCAAUGCGAGGCAAGUGCCCACUUACGACUUGAUCGAGACAAAGCAAGAGACUAUUCCAUGA